AUGUCGCCAGGCAAUAAUGCACUACCAACACCAGACACUGGCAUUCAGGAUGCAGAGGUACACCAAGAAGCCGAAAGGACGUUUAAGCCCCAAGAUGUAAUAGGAGCAAAGGCCCCUCUCACCAAUCCUCUAGCUUUUCACAUCACAGACUGGGUCCCAGGCCCGACGGGGCGACCAGUAUUCAUGGGUACGUCGUCGACAUGGUCCUUUGGCCGGCGAGUGUUGGAAAUGACCCAUAUGAAACUCACCGGCCUCCCUCUGGCUCCAGACCCAAACAAGCUGCUUUUUGACACUCAUGUCUACGAUCUUAAAUGGGAUGGGAAUAAGGCAAAGUCCCCUUCGAAUCCAUUUGACGUGUCCAACCUCCCAACUCCAGAGUUUGCCAGGUAUCUCAUCAGUUCAGUGAAGUUCCAUUGUGGACACCUCUUCUAUCUAAUCGACGAGGCGCAGUUCAUGGAGCGUUUCACAGAGUUUGAGCAGAACCCUACAGAAGUAGCUCGAGCUUCGCCCUUGUGGUUCUGUCACUAUCUUCUGAUCAUAGCAUUUGGAAAGAGCUUCCUCGUUCGCUCGACGACAUCACGGAAUCCUCCGGGGUCAGAUCAGUUUGUCCAAGCGAUGCACUGCAUGCCGGACUUUACCUUCUUCGACGGCGACCCUAUUGAGACGACACAGGUCUUGUGCUGUGCUGCGCUCUACCUGCAGUCCGUUGACCGGCGUGGAUCAGCAUAUCGAAUGAUUGGCACUGCGCUACGUCAGGCCAUAGAACACGGUAUGUAUACUGAGAUGCACGGACUCUGCCUUGACCGGGCCUAUGUGAAUCGAUGCAGACUGGUCUGGUGGACUGUCUAUGUGCUCGAGCGCCGUAUGUCGUCUCUUCAAGGCGUCCCGAUGGGGAUCUCAGAGGACAGCAUAACUGCCUCGUUGCCCUCAAUGUCGGAUCAGGACAGCGAGACGAGCGUUUUGGAGAUGCAGGUUACCCUGUGUCAAAUAUUGGCAAAAGUAGACUUGACUGUCUACGGUAGCGGGGGAAAGGUGGAUAGUAGGUAUCUGAGUGCAACACAGUCGGUUCUUAGAGACAUCGCGAGCGUCACUGAGCGCCUUAAUUGCUCCUUUGAUCUCUAUGGAAGUGGUUCCAUGGGGGGUAUUUCUCGCGUCUCAGCGCAUUUGCACCUUCUCGAGCACCAGUGUAUCAUACUUACCACUAGACCGCUGUUGUAUAUCUUUCUUCAAUCCAAGCUCGGCCAGUCUGAACCCGCCCUAAUGGAUUGGCUUCAAUCUGGCACUGUAAAGGCAUUGCUCCAGGUUUGUGUAGAGUCUUCGCAACAGACUCUACGAAUACUGUCCAGCCUACUUGACCAGGGACUUCUUGACGCGUUUCUCCCGUUCGAUAUGGACGCAGUUUGUAUUUCAACGAUCCCAUUGUUAAUGGCAGCCGCGAUUGAUCCAUCGCUGCUCAUCGAUCAUUCACCCUGGGCGCAGCGUGCCUAUACCGUUCUGGACGACAUGUCCACCCGUGGCAGCCGUUCUGCAAGGUUAAUUCAGUCGGAGCUCCAACAGUUGGAUGACGAGCUCUCCCAGUUAUUGACGAAGGAUAGCGCCCCAAUGGCGGUACCACCAGGGACUCUCUCUACACCCCAGACAGGUGGUGGUGCUGAUUCCGUAGACCAUGCCCCAAUUGCUGCCCCUGGGAGCUAUCUGGCGCCGGGCAUUUCGGAGAGCGGACAGCAUUACGAGCUUAGUCCGGAGCAGUCGAUGGAUUUGGCGAACUCGCUGGAUCUGAAUAGCUUUACCUGGCCCUUUCCUUGGGUAGAUGACCUGCCGGGGACAAGUAUAUGA